AUGGAUUGGGAUGUGACAGCCAUCAGACCUAUUAUCAAGUAUGACGCAGUUGCCUGGUGGCAGAAAGCCAACCAAACAACGGCGAAGAAUAAACUGUCAAAAUUACAACGACAAGCAUGCUUAGCGGUGACUGGUGCCUUUCAUUCUAUGCCUUCAAAAGAUAUGGAAACUCUACUCGACUUACCUCCUCUUCAAAUUAUUUUGGAAAGGGAGGCGAGAUGGGCUACAUAUAGGUUUCCAAAUAUGGCACGAGAGAGCCAAGGAACAAUCAUGUUCAUACAAAACCGACUAGAAGACGAACUACAGUCGGAUGAGAUCCUGGGAAUGGUCUCGGAUCUCACACCAGCAAUCCAACUCUUGACGCGCAUCUACAACGUCCUGUUUUCGAAUAGGGACGAAUGGGAUAAGCCGAGAAACGGCUUAUUACUUGCGAAAAUGUGUUGCGACAGUCCUGUUGCCGGAAACACUCAAAGAACUCUAGGAGAUGUGAGACUUUGUUAUUGGUGGGGAAACUCCUGGUCAGGCGCUAGGGAAUCCCUCUGGCACUAUAGCUCUUUAGCUGUCGUGGCCAGGGGAAUAGUACCAAGACCUGAUUUGAAGAAGGACCAUUGCAACAAGACUGUGGACGUGUACGAAGAUGUCACCAGUCCAGAGGUGACAGAUGACAACUUCGGGAAACAGAUGACAUGUUGGUACAGGUUCAGGUCGUUUCGGGGCACGCCCAAAGACUGGAUCCUCAGGAUAAAGUUCAACAAGUUCAAAGUGGGCACUUUGUUGAAUGGCAGUCACUGUGAAGGUGGUUUCAUGCAGAUCGUAGAUGGCAACGCGAAAACCGACGUGUCCAACCGCAAAGAGCCGGGCAUGUUCUGCGGCGAGACCGAACAGCCCCAAACGUUCAUGUCGGAAACGUCGUUCGUGAAGGUGCUGUUCCACGUGGAGAACUUCACCGACCAGACCUACUUCAGCUUCGACACCAGGGCCGAACAGCAGCUGGUCGUGUACCUGAGAUACGGACAGCACCCGGAGCUGUACCCCAACAGGAGAGGAGAGAUAGUACAAGGGUCGUACUGCGAACGGAUAUUCCGCGACUGUCGCCUCCAGACCUGCUACGUCCAGUCGCCCGCCUACCCCGGCGUCUACCCCCGUAAUUUGCAUUGCAGAUACUACCUCAACACCCGAUUGCCUUUUAUUAAACUUUACAUAGAGAACGAGGAGUUCAACAUCGACGGACAGAGGUGCGAGAACAUCAUGACGUGUCCUAUGAGACCCAUAUCCUCAGGUCAAGAAAACUGCCCCUACGACUACAUCAAAAUUUACGACGGCAAGAACGAGUUCAGUCCCGUCAUUGGAAUCUUUUGUGGCAUGGGCAAAUUUCCAUAUUCCAUUAUCGGGACAUCGCAGGACCUUUUCGUCGAGUUUGUCUCAUCACCGGCCGGUCCUCUUCUAAACACUGGUUUCCACUUCAACGUCGGUAAUUGGCCAGGCCACGUGGACACCGCAGGCAGCAAAAACGGCACGUGCGACUGGCUCCUGUCUUCAGAGAGUCUGCGAGCUUCCGGUGACACCGAAGGCAUAUUUUUAUCCGUUGCUCAUUGGUAUCCACCACAUACCAUUUGCACUUACUUGAUGCAAGGCGAAGAAGGGGAAAUAGUACGACUAUAUUUUCCAAGCUUUAGAAUAAACAGGAUAGAGUCCCCGAUUCAACCGACAGACGGCGACUGCGGCGAAUCCUUGACACUGUACGACGCUUCCUGGCCGGACGAUUCGAGAAUUAUCAAAACGUUUUGCGACACUUUUUCCAAGGCGAUGGAAAAGCACGAUUUCGUCUCGACUGGAAACUCGCUUUAUGUGAGGUUCGAGAGUAAAACGGGCAGUUACAGCGGGUAA